ACAGUCGCUGGCCAAAGAGUUGCAGAGAAGUGUUUUUAUACAAAUUACGGUGUUUCUGGAUUUUGAACUAAAUUUUCAUUAAAUAUGAGUUUGGCGGGUAAAAAUGUUGUGUUCGUUGGUGGCUUGGGCUUCAUUGGUUAUGAAGCUUGCAAAGCACUGCUGACCAGAGAUUUGGGGGUGAUAGUCAAUAUUGCUUCCGUGUUGGGUUUGGAGCCCGCACCACCCACCGCCGUCUACUGCGCAUCGAAAUUCGGUGUUAUGGGCUUCUCRCGUUCACUUGGCGAUCCGCAUUAUUAUGAGCACACCGGCAUUGCGGUGGUCACUUUCUGUCCCGGUUUGACUGAUACGCCCUUGAAGAACAACAUUGCCACCAAAUAUACUUUCGACUAUUCCAAGGAGAUUGGCGAGAAACUGAACAACUCCAAAACACAGAAACCCGAAAUUUGUGGCCAACAUUUGGCCCAAGUCGUUGAGUUGAUGGACAAUGGCGCCAUCUACAUUAGUAACCAAGGCACAUUGACCAAAGUGAAGCCAAGCGUCUACUGGGAACCUACUUAUUAGUGACUUUGGGAAAAUUUUAUAAAAUAGUUAUUAUUAAUGCGCUUUUACUACCAAAGUUAGUUAGAGAAAAACGUGUUAUAUAAUUUAAGUUUUAUAAAUUUUAGUGAAAUUAUGAAAAUUAUUUUUAUAAAAAAUGUAAUGAAAAGUCUAGUCUGAUUCUGGGAAAUAUAAUAAUUUUUAAAUUUUGAAAAUAAAAAAUAAGUGGGAGAGCGAUACUAAACUUCAAGAUUGCCAGAAAUAAGCUUUUUUUAUUUUAUGAGCAAAUAUAAACUUAGAUUUUCCGUUGUGAAAAAUAUUUUCGAAAUCUCUGGCUUUCGCAUGAGAUUGUCAUGCCAAACCUUAUUCGCUGCAUCCAUCGCCACUAUUUAUAAAUAAAUAUUUAUUUUUAGAAACUAA